UUUAUUUUUUAUUUUUUUUGUUUAUUAUUGUCAUUCGGUUGAAGGGUGAUUGCUCAUUCACAAACGGAUCCCAUUCUAAAAUAUUAUAAUCACUUGUACAAUUUAUUCUUCAAGCUUUCUCUUUUACAAUACUGAAAACAGCGCAGAAUGUCGUUAAAGAAACUACAAGCUGAAAUUGACCGAGUAUUGAAGAAAGUGAGUGAAGGAGUGGAGACGUUCGAUGCGAUUUCGGACAAGAUGCAGAAUACGUCCAACCACAAUCAAAAGGAAAAAUACGAACAGGACUUGAAAAAGGAAAUAAAAAAACUGCAACGUCUCCGUGACCAAAUCAAAACAUGGAUAUCAUCCAAUGAUGUGAAGGACAAAACAGCUUUAAUAGACAACCGAAAGCUGAUAGAAUCGCUGAUGGAGCGAUUCAAAAAUGUAGAACGAGAGAUAAAAACCAAAGCCUUCUCGAAAGAAGGCCUCCUACAACGAGAAAGAUUGGAUCCAAAAGAGAAAGAAAAAGCCGAUGUCAGCGAAUGGAUAUGCAACACCGUGGACGAACUAUCGCGGCAGAUUGAAAUGGCAGAGGCAGAGGUAGAGACACUGCAGGGCAGCUCGAGGAAAGGAAAGAAAGAUCAUGCAAAAAUAGAGAGAACGAAUGAAUUAGAACACUAUAUAGAACGAGAUCGAUGGCAUAUCGGUCGACUCGAACUUAUCUUACGACUGUUGGAAAAUGAUCAAAUAGCACCAGAAAGAGUGCUUGCCAUUCAAGAUGAUGUGCAAUACUAUGUGGAGUGCAAUCAGGAACCCGAUUUUGAAGAGGAUGAGUUUAUCUAUGAAGACCUGAACUUGGAGGAAGAAGAAGAAAUGUAUAAUGUGAUUACAGAUGAUCAUUAUGCACCUGAAGACAAAGAAACGGAAGAAAGAGUAUCGUCAUUGAAAAAGAAACUGAAAGAAAAGGAAGAGGAAGCAGAAAUACCAAUACCUACACCUAGUACACCGAAAGCAGCAAGAUCAAAGAGCCUAGAUGACAGCACUGCUACCACAGCAGCCAAUAGUCCUAAGAAACCGACGACAGUGGCUAAUGUCAAAUCUCCAGAGAGCAGUAACGGAUCUGUCACAUCGCCGACAAGCGUGACUCCAAAGGCGGCUCAAGCACCCACCAAGACGACCGACACCACCAUCAAUGAAAAAGGUCAAACACCAAAGAUCACCGUACCAUCCGCUUGGGCAGAACCGAUUAAACUAGCAGAUCAGAUAAAGUCAGCGACAGAAAGUAAAUCAACGCCACAAACAGACAAUAAAAUCACGAAACACGCGCCUUCUAACAUGACGGCAACAUCAGUAAACACGAGCGUUGAUGGAUCACCGCCAAAAACCUCUUCUGCGCCUGGAGCGCCCACCGAUAGUCUGUCCAACAUUCCUCCUCCUUAUCCGCCACAGAAACCCGAUUCAUCUUUACUUGCCAAAAACCUGGAUGAAGAAUUAUCCAUUUCUGAAUUACCCAACUCUUUGUCAGAUCUUGUGGCCUCUUUUGAAGCGAUCAAAGCAAAAGCCUCAGCAUCAGACUACGAAGACAGCCAAUACAUGAACCGAAUGUUGGAUGCCAGUCUACAAUUUGUCCCAGAUUUGAUGGAUUCUGAAAGACCUAAAGUAUAUCAUGCACAAACACCACAGAUAACACCUGCAUAUUAUCCACAACAACCUUUAGCUAUUUUUGACAAUCCUAGUUUAUUUGAGAAAUUUGAUACAGAUGCGCUCUUCUUUAUCUUUUAUUAUCAACAAGGUACCUAUCAACAGUAUUUGGCAGCCAAGGAAUUGAAGAAACAGUCAUGGCGCUUUCACAAGAAAUAUUUGACGUGGUUUCAAAGACACGAAGAGCCAAAAUCAAUCACAGAUGACUAUGAGCAGGGGACGUACAUUUACUUUGACUAUGAAGGUGCUUGGUGUCAGCGCAAGAAAACCGAGUUUAGGUUUGAGUAUUGCUAUAGUAUCUACUUUUUUGAUAAAGUUUUCUUGUGUGCCUAGUAAAAUCUGGUAAAUCACUAGAUGGAUUCCUUCUGAACAAGAAAAAUAAGUGGUGACAGAGGGUUACGUUUUUUCUUUUCUGACAUUUAGUGUCACCAUAAAUGUGUAGAAAGUUCUAUUUUUUCAUUUUUUUUUGAGCUGCUAAAAAUACUUUUUUUUUUUUUUUUUUUUUUUUUUUU